AUGGACGGGCACCAACAGACACUUGCCGCUGCCCUGCAACAUCUGUACACCCUCCCGGCUACUGAUGUCAGACAUAGCUCAGGGUUUCGGGGCAUAGUGAGAGGAUUCACUUCAGACCGAGAAGCUCUUUUGCUUUCUAUUCCCCCUCUUUCUAGUUCACCACAACGUCCGCUUCAUCUUUUAUGUCUGCUUCUCAUGGAAAUCCCCGGACCAUGGCCAACCGUCGCGCUACUUCGAACCCAUGCCCGUCUACUUCAGCCUCUGACCAACACUUCGCCAACUGAAGACGUGGCACUUCUCAUGGAAAACACCGAGAAACUAGUCCGAGAGUCACACACUUCAAUGCUGCAGUUGCUGAGCCAAAAUGAUCGACCUGCCAUUCUCUCUCCCGAUGGCAAGCAAAGAAUCUCACACCGAGACCUCUACGAGUUUGUCAAUGACUUCGCUUUACCAAUCGACUGCACCGACCGCAAGCCAGUCAUCGCAAUUGCGCUUCCAAAUGGGCCCCUUCUUGCUGCCGUCUGCAUUGCUGUGUCUGCAUACUACACAGCGGCGCCAAUCGACCCGACGACCGGCCCCGAUGAAUUUCAAGCUGACGUGGUGCAGUCUGGUGCACGCUGCAUCAUGACGACCGAAUCGGACUAUUGUCGCCUUCUUCUCGCUGAGUCCUGGACACAGAACGUCGGUGUGAAAGCGAUCAUGGUAGAAUGGACGGACGACAAGAUCGGACUUCGAGACGGUAAAGGGGCCCGCAUUGACACUGCAGGCCUCCCAAAGCCACAGCCCAAUCAAGCGGAUGAUAUUGCAAUCGUGUUAUCAACAAAUGGGCCCUGGGGCAAAGAUGUUCUUCCAUUGACAACUCAGGCCAUGUUAGUCGAAGUCGCUUCUACCAUCGGCACCUGGAGCCUUGGGCCCACUGACAUUGGCGUCAACAUGAUGGCCUUGCAUCAAAUUUGUGGGCUUCUGAAAGGUUUACUUGCACCCAUCUUUUCCGGCGGUUGCACUAUAUGCUGUCCAGCAUUCGACGCAACAGCCUUCUGGGACAUUUUGAACGAGAGGUGUCCAACUUGGUAUCAUGCGUCACCAUCCAUGCAUUUAGUCAUCCUAGCCAAAGCUUCCCAAGCCAAGGCAUCACGUCUGAGCGCGAUUCGUCUGGUUUGUGAUGCGGGUGGCGGACUGCCACCCGCCCUGGCACGUAAGCUUCGAGACACAUUCCGUUGCGAGGUCCACUCCAACGACGACAUAGCCAUCCAUAAGGAAGACCCACGACGCCUAGUCGAGACCUCCAGUCUCGCGCUAUCAACGUUUCCAGACAAUAGACCACUUCGGAGAGCUGGGACCCUGUCAGUGGCCCCAAGCCAGGUCGAUUACCUUGGCGAUGAUGGAUACUCCUAUGUCAUGGGCCGGAGUCGAGAUGGCAUUACCCGCAGCAAGGAGGUCAUAUCUCCUUUUGAGGUUGAGCGGGCCAUCAUGACAGCAGCGAUGAGCCUGGAGUCACCGAUCUGUGGAAAGCUCUCGCAAGCUCUCGUCUUUGCCGUAAAAGACGAAACGCAUGGCGAAACAUUGGGUGUUGUUCUUGUAUCCGCUCCCGAUGCACAGCGUAUCGACGUGUGGACGCUCUAUGGAGCGCUGCACAACCUGUCCCCAUCGAAGCGGCCUGCCCUCAUCGUAUACAUGGACGAUAUGCCGGACAAGAAUCAUCAGAGCUUGCGACCCCAGCUUGCAGACCGUCUAGGUCUACCUGAACUCACGGCCCAAACACCGUACCUCGCCAAACAUUGGGAGGCAAGAUGUCCUCCCGCUGGGACGGAAGUCUCAACGCCUAUUCAAUGCAGCAAAUGUGAGCUCGAUCGUGAGGCCAUCACUAUCAUUAUGCGAUCCAUCAUCCCGAGCGGCUAUCAAGCGUGUCUUCGCUUGAGUCCAGAUGACGGUAGUCUGGAGGCUUUUGUCGCUCCCAAAGCUUUUGGCAUGCAGGGUUUGACGGCAGACUGGCCACCGCAUAUCAAGCGCAUGAUGUCGCUUGCUUUGCCUGGAUUCAUGGUCCCGACAAAACUUCACGUUCUACCGGAGCCAUUUGCCGAGGAUCCCUUCGGUGUCGUGGAUGAGGAACUCCUUGACGUUCAUGCUUACCCGAAACCAUCAGUCAAGCCUGUGUCUCCGACGCAGAAGCGUGUUGUCAAGGCCUUUGCCGAUAUUCUCAUGUGGGACUCCGGCAAGAUUGACCCAGACAUGAACUUUUUCAGCAUGGGUGGAGACCGUAUAGCUGCCGAGAAGCUUCUCGCGCAUUUACGCGCUGACUUCGACCUGCACAUGCCAGCCAGUCUUGUGUUCAACCACGGCACUGUGAAGGCAAUUGCAGCAUACGUCGACGCCGCAUCAAAUCAAGCUCCCGAGCCAGAGUCACCUGCCAUUAAAGCCGUCCCGACAAAGACAUACAGCUCCACUAACCCAUUCCUCAUGCUGCUACAGCUGCUGCCACUCUGCGUCUUCUAUCCCUUGCGUCGAGCUUGCCAGUGGACAGUCUUUUUGACCGUACUGAGUCGAACACGCUUCUGGAUGACAAACGCCUGGCUCAUGGGCCGCCUCGCAAAUCUUGUUGGCUCUAUCACUGUUGGCUACAUAGUGGUCCAACUCUUCUCGCCUUUCUUCGGGAUUGCCAUGAAAUGGAUCAUCAUUGGCCGCUAUCGAGAAGGCGUAUAUCCAAUGUGGGGAGCAUAUCACACCCGCUGGUGGUUGGUUCAAAAGAUUGUCACUGUAGCCGGUACAGGCUACUUCAACACCAACAACUUUACAAAAGCUAUGUACUGUCGCUUGAUGGGAGCCAAGAUCGGGAAAAAUGUUCAGCUUACGGGAGCUUCAUUGGGCGAGUGGGACCUCCUCGACAUUAGGGACGGCGCCAUCCUUAACAACACGGUAUGCCGACCCUUUGCCGUCGAGGCAAACACAUCCAUGUACCUCGGCCGCAUCGUGAUCGGAGAGAACUCUUGCGUUGCCUCUAUUAUAGCUCCGGGUGCAACAAUAUCACCAGGCACCUGCAUUGGGCUGAACUCGUCCAGCUGGGAGCUUCAUGACGCAGACGAAUCGAAUCGACUGCUAUCGGCGAGCCGCGCCCCCGGACCCCACUGGGCUUUGGCAGCGUUUGCCACAUUUCCUCUUUUCACAGUCGCAUGGUUUCUCACACUGACACCGAUGUUCGGAGGCCUCAUGGGCCUCGUCAUCGAGAAGCCCCUCGACAGUCACCUUCCGCUCCGCGAUAUUUUAACAUGGUUCCCUUCCAGCCCGAAAGUGGGAUAUCACUAUCUUUCGAUGAUCUUGCGCACACUCGUCAGUCCCUAUGUGCUCGUGGCAUUCACAGCUCUUGUCAGGAUUGUGCUCGAUAGGUUCAUCGGACCUCCGCGCUCGGGAGACUCCCAAGCCCGAGGGGCUCUCCAAAUUUGGCGCUCGUCACUAAUCAAAACGCUACUCCCCGACGGGCAAUUACGAGAGGCCACUGAGAUGCUUGGCCAGCAUCAUGGCACGACUUCAGUCAUAUGGCGAAUGCUCGGAGCCGAAGUGGGCGAGCGUGUAUACUGGCCGUGCGUCGCGCCCGUUACUGGAGAUUUCGGGCUCGUGCAUAUAGGAAAUGAUGUCCAAUUCGACUCGAAGGCUCAGAUAAUUACAGCUGAUGGCGUCGGAUCUGAGAAAGUUUACAUUGGAGAUGGCGCCAUUAUCGCGGAGCACGCUCGUCUCUUACCCGGUGUUCGUAUUGGCGAGCGAGCAAUCAUGGGACCUGGUUCAAUGACACAGCGCAACAAGAUGUACCCCUCUGAUGGCAUCUAUCUUGGAUCGCAGGGAGGCGACUCUGUAUGCCUUACCUCCGGUCGAUUUGCCAUAGCUGAGAAGGCGGCCAGGCGUCGACGGCUGAUGAAGAGCAUGCCAAGCUGUGACACACUAGUCAGCGCCAGGGCUCUGCAACAUGUUGGCAGCUUUGAUACGCUGGUUGAAUCCCGAGCCAGUCCCGAAAAGCGCCCAGUUGCUGAGGUCGAUUCUCUCAAGGACAUAGACGAAAGCCAAACAACCGAGUCCCCAGAAACGACACCUUUCAGGCGAGCCUUUUAUCAACGUGAAGCGCCAUACCACGUCUCCAGCUCAGCUCUUGUAUUCUUCUACUCGGCCUUUAUAUCAACUUUCACGGUAUUCUUCUGGAAUGUUCCAGUGUUCUGUUCAAUCAAGGUUGUGGGUAGAAUUUUCAACGAUCAUAUGCUGCAGCGGCCCAGUAACUACGACGUUCUAGCCUUGUGGGUGCUUUCAAGCCUGAGCAUGAUUGCCCUCACCACUGGCAGUGCUGUCUUGGCCAUGGGCAUCGUCAUCGGCGCAAAAUGGGCCCUCCUUGGCCGCGUCACUCGAGGCAGUCAAGACUGGGACCGAACCCCAUUUUGCCAGCGCAGGCAGCUGUUUUUGACUGUGGAAAGGCUUGUCUACCGCUGCUGUCGUGGCAAGGGGGUUCCAGGAAUGUUAUCGGGCACGCACUGGCUGGUCAUGUACUAUCGCGCUCUCGGUGCAACCGUCGGCAAAGACGUAGCGCUGUUCGCGAACGGAAAGCCGAAUCUGAUGUUCACGGAACCCGACUUGGUGACCAUUGGGGACCGCGUUGCAAUCGACGACGCCACGUUAGUCACGCACAAGGAUAUUCGAGGCAAGUUUGACUUAGCCGAAGUCAGGAUUGGCGACCGUUGCGUUCUUCGUUCGGGAAGCAGCAUUCUUAGUGGCGUGACCAUGGAACCUGGUAGUUGCCUCCUCGAGCACACUCUCAUCAUGCAAGACGAGGUUGUGCCAGCAAAUGCCACCAUGCAGGGCUGGCCGGCUGAGAGGUUUGACGGCAACAGAACUGAUCACAACGACGCGCCAGCUAUGGAGGAAUUCGAGGAACCAAAAAUGGCUGAUCAGUCCCGAAACAACUCUGAUGCCACACUCAUUGCUGGCCAGGAAUGGUAA